UUUCCAUCCUCGCUCGCUGCUCUCUCAGGCUGCUGACUAUUUUACUUAACAUUUUUAUGAUGGCGGAGGACAGUGAGUCCGCGGCCAGUCAGCAGAGCCUGGAGUUGGAUGACCACGACACCUGCGGGAUAGACGGCGACAACGAAGAGGAGAAUGAGAACAUGCAAGGGAGUCCGGGAGGUGACCUAGGGGCCAAGAGAAAGAAGAAAAAGCAGAAACGUAAGAAAGAGAAGCCGAGCUCGGGUGGAGCCAAGUCGGACUCUGCGUCCGAUUCUCAGGAGAUCAAGAAUCCAGGCUUGCCCAUUCAAAAGCUUCAAGAUAUCCAAAGGGCCAUGGAACUGCUCUCCUGUCAGGGUCCCACAAAAAGUGUUGAUGAUGCUGUCAAGCACAAGUACCAGUUCUGGGACACACAGCCGGUACCCAAGUUAAAUGAGGUGGUGACUGAUCAUGGGCCAAUCGAGGCUGACAAAGAGAAUAUCCGGCAGGAGCCGUAUUCAUUACCUCAAGGUUUUAUGUGGGACACUAUGGAUCUCAGCAAUGCGGAUGUUCUGAAGGAGCUAUACACACUGUUAAAUGAGAACUAUGUAGAAGAUGACGAUAAUAUGUUCAGAUUUGAUUAUUCCCCUAAUUUUCUAAAAUGGGCUCUUCGCCCACCAGGCUGGUUACCUCAGUGGCACUGUGGUGUGAGAGUCUCCUCCAACAAGAAGCUGGUUGGAUUCAUCAGUGCGAUUCCUGCAACAGUUCGUAUUUAUGACAGAUUGAAGAAGAUGGUCGAAAUCAACUUUCUUUGUGUUCAUAAGAAGCUGCGUUCAAAGAGGGUCGCUCCAGUUCUCAUCCGAGAGAUCACUCGACGGGUAAAUCUGGAAGGAAUAUUUCAGGCUGUUUACACAGCAGGAGUGGUACUGCCUAAACCAGUAUCCACAUGCAGGUAUUGGCAUCGCUCUUUGAAUCCUCGAAAGCUCGUGGAAGUCAAGUUUUCCCACUUGAGCAGAAACAUGACACUGCAAAGAACCAUGAAGCUCUACAGAUUACCUGAUAGCACCAAGACCUCAGGUUUAAGGUUGAUGGAGAAGCGUGACAUCUGCCAAGUCACUGAGCUGCUGCAGAAAUACCUGAAGCGAUUUAAUCUGGCUCCUUCUAUGAGUGAGGAGGAGGUGUCUCACUGGUUCUUACCGCAGGAGAACAUUAUCGACACAUAUGUAGUUGAGGGAAAUGAUGGCAGAUUGACGGACUUUGCUAGUUUUUACACUCUGCCGUCCACUGUGAUGCACCAUCCUCUCCACAGGAGCUUGAAGGCUGCUUACUCCUUCUACAAUGUACAUACUCAAACCCCUUUACUGGACUUAGUGAAUGAUGCGUUGAUCCUGGCAAGACAGAAAGGUUUUGAUGUGUUCAAUGCCUUGGAUCUUAUGGAGAAUAAAGUCUUUCUGGAGAAGCUUAAGUUCGGCAUAGGAGAUGGAAAUCUGCAGUAUUACCUCUACAACUGGAAAUGCCCCUCCAUGGACCCUGAUAAGGUUGGCCUGGUGCUUCAGUAGCUGCUCUUGCCAGAGCAGGUUUUCUCAUGGAUGGGAAGAGCUCUUCGCCGAUCCUAGACUCUCCAGAAGCCCUGGCUGAACUACAAUGAGAAUAGCUUCAGUAAAUUCAAACUGACUACCAGUAGUUGAACCCAUGCAGCUUUUGUUAUGUCAUGAAGAUCAAUAGCCAGCUCACCAGGAGGUGACGGCUCACCAUCCACAUCUUGAAUGUGAAGUCAUCCUCUACAGGUACAUACACACACACUUACGUUCCAUACAAAAAUCAUGAAAAGGGGAUGCCUUGAUACCGAGAACCUUGUUUUGAUCUUCUGGCUCAGCUUUCAUUACAAGGAACUCACAAGCUCUUCACACUCGGCAGCAGUAGAGCGUAUUAGUUCAUUUCAACAUAUGUCCGGAUGUGUGUGAUCAGUGCAUCAUUCAUUCAUUGUAUGAUUGGGGUGAGAUUAAUUUUACUUCGUUAUUUUUUUAGCAAAGCAAAAGGUAAAAAUCCUUGUUCUUCAAAAAAUACCAUGCCGAACCGAAACAUUUUUCAUUCAACGCAGUUUUCCUCCUUUGUCAGCUAAGUGCUGUGUUUUGUUGAUGCAUGUAAACCUCCAAGAUUGUGAUCUCAUGAACUGGAAAUGUAAUUUACCACCUCCUCAAAAAAAUCCCAGAACUUAUUUUUAUAAAGGUGUUCUGAACUUUUAACUUGCAUCUGAUGAUUGACAUAAGUUGAUGAAAUGCUUAGAUGUUCAAUCUGGUUGCUAACUUGGCAAUUUAUUAUUGUUAUUCAUGACAAUGGAUAUUCUACAUUUUCUUUUACUGCAUCAAAGGCUCCCAAUUUGGGGUUUCGGGAAAUAGGCAACCACAUUUUUUAUCUUAAAUCAUGUUUUUUUUUCAUUUUUGGGCAAAUAUCAGCCAUGUAUUUUCUUGUUGGAUAAAUUGUGAUCCCUGGUUAAAUUCUGAGCAAAUGUCUGUGGAGCUGUGUGAUUGAAAUCCCAUGUACCACUGCAUAUAGAUAGAGCUGAGUGCUGUUAAAUAGAGACUUCCUGUCCAGUUUGCUGCGUAUUCCGCAUCUCCUCUAUGGGCUGUUUUUAACCAAAAACUUCAUUAAGGAAAAGACUAACUCUUCAACGACACUCCUGAAAAGUGGAGUUAAAGAAUGGGAUGUAAUUGUGAGAAUACAUAUUUAUGUAUUGGCAGAAUAAGCUGGAGCCUUUCAAGCUGUGCUUGUUUCAUGUUUUAUAGGAUGUGCUUCUCCCCUGAUUCAUGUGCUCAAUGUGUUCAAAUAUGUGUGGAACUAAUGAACACACUUGCCCUGUUUGCUUGCCUCUCCAGUCCAGUUCUGUAGAAAUAAUAUGGAAUCACUUCAAUCAAAUUUUUCAUGUGGAUUUUUUAUUUGUUCUUCGUUUAGGCUUCCACUUGGAACAUGCAAUUUUACAUUCUGAGGUGUUCUUUUGUGUAUAACUCAACAGACUGGUGCAAUCCUUCAUAAUGUUUUUUUCCAUUGCUUUGUGAAUUUAAAGCUGCCUCAUGUGUUGUAUUGUGGUUUGGUUCCCUCCUAAGCAGGGUUGAUGUCUUCUACAUUACAAAGUACCUUUUUUGGUUUGUCUGAAGAAUGUAUUGCAACGAAAGAAGCACAAUAUCGUCUAUCUUUAUCAUGUUCACUUAACCAUGCAAAGUUGUGGGCGGGCUCAUGAUCUACUUUGUUCAUUGCUGUUUACAUUAUAUAAGAAGGUUAGUAAGUGAAACCACAGGUUUUCUGACACGUGUUGGGCCUUGUCUAAAUGGAACCUGACCAACCCAGGUUCUACGAAUGCAUGGAGAGUCUUUGCUUUCUCGUAUUAACCUGAGGCAAAGGUUGACGGGAUGCAUGUACGUCCUGGUGCUGCUCGAAGAACACCUCAGACUGCGCCCUCUUAAAGCCAGGCCAGGCCAUGGUCUGGGACCGGUGACCCUGAUCCCCAUGGCCCACAAACUUCAGAAUCCGUACCAAGGCAGGCCAGGCUGCUGAAGGGACACAGCAGCUGUGGCCUUGGAGGCCCGUGAGCUGCAAGUUGUCAGUACAGAAUUGCAUCAUCACAGCAGACUGGGCCUGUCAACAAAUUUGCAGGUGAACAAUGACAGGAGACUGAAAUGUCUGCCAGGACUUGGGCUGCGGGCUGAACCAGGCCUGAGUAGGAGCAGAAGCCGGGUUACCACUCAGACUUGGCAGGCACAAACCUGGUAGGGGCCUAAAUGCUGCAGGUUCAACUGCUGCCCACUGGUGUGCGGGUGAGGGACCAGUUUUGACGUCACAUCUCCAGGCCCAGGACUACUUGGUGGGAGGAUGAGGUGGCCGCCUGGAGGCGGCUCCUCACUCUGGUGACUGAUGUCCAGGCACAGAAAGCACCAAGCUCAAAUAUUUGAGCGAAGUCCCUCCUGCAGAGUGUCACAUGCUGACAGGGAAGCACUGUUACUUCAGUUAACCUGGUUUUCCGUAUUCUUCAUGACUUGUCAUCAACAUUUAUAAGAAUUCAACUUUGCACUGGAUUUCACUUGUGUGAACAUGUUUUAACAUUUUAAAGGAACUGUAUGUUUUGUAAUGUCAUUGUACUUUCAUGGCAGCUUUGUGUUUCAAUGCCUUUGUAAAGCGGAAAAUGAGCUGCAGACUGACAACUAUUCUAUUGCUGUACAGACUUAAAAAAUGAAAAUCUACCCAAGUACAAUUGAGCACAACACCGUAUAGCAUUUUAAUCAGGGAAUCAUUGCAGAACAAACAAUUAACCAAUUUAGUUUCAGUGUAUAUUUAUCUUCCAUUAUGUUUCUCAUUAUUUCUCAGCCCUUCUAUCUUCCAAACUCACUGGCAAUGUCAAAGCAUCCCAUUGAAUGGAUUUACACACGAUGAACCUCCCUCUCUGAAUGUUCCUCUCACUAGUCUCAAAGGAUCUGGUCGACCAAUCUUGUUAGAUGUGAUUUUGUGUGACUCUCUUCUCUGUACAGAUCAGAGAGAUUCAAAUUAAGUCCACUGGAAGGAUUAGUAGCAUCAAGUCAGCAGCACCCACACAGCCAAAGCUUGUAGCUUGCACCCUUGAAUGGAAUUUCAGCAUGUACGUUUACUGUUUUCAAUUUUUCACAUAGAUGUUAGUGGCAGCAUUUAGUGGCCUCAUCCUGAUGUACAUGCCUUAUGAAAAUUGUUCAAGGCUUCAAGGCUAUAGAGAAGUAACUCAAAUUGAAAAUUCAGAUUUUUAUUCCAAAACUGCGAACGAGCCCAGUUGCUACCAGCAGCCUCUAGCGAAGACCACAUGCAAAUGGUGUUUAACAUUCAGCUAUACAGGUACCAGCAUGAAUAUGUGAUUCAAUAAAUUCAUUUGUUCAAACCUUGUCCACAGCAGACUUUUGACAUUUGAAGGGGAAAUCUUCAAAUACAACAGAGAAAUGCCAUUUAAGAAAACCAGACUGUGUGGAAUUGAGACAAUGUUGACAUGGUGUCAUUUCUUUUUGAAAACUGCAGAUGUUGAUCUCCUGCAUCUUUCAAGGCAUUAAGAAAUAAGGGUGGCAGUAACUGAUGUCAAAGUUCUAAGAGUUCUAAUUAACUUUCUUCUUCUUCUUCUUCUUCUUCUUCUCUGGAUUUGCAAUUAUUCUUUUCACUGUGAGAGGUUGCAAUGUGCAAGAGGUGUUUAUUUUCAGGUCACUCUCUCGCUUCCUUUUCUGUCCAGUCCCUUCAGCUUCAUCCACCAAGUUCACUACGGGCUUAGGUGUCACCUCCUGAACCCAUGAGACAUUCAGUGGAGGUAUUCUGGGUGUGAUGGCUGCCACGAUGUCAGUGAAGAUCUCCUCCUCUUGGGAUGCACAUUCCAGAAUUCCCAGUGCCAGAACACUUUUUAAGCCCAGUGGCUCAGAAAUGCUCUGACUUAGUCGGGGCACCUGGCAAGCUGGGACGCCUCUGGUGGCACUCAAUGGUAUCAGAUGACUAAUCAUGUGCUUUGGCCUGACAGACUUGCACACAAACACCAGUUUGAGUUUGUUUCUCUCCAGAGCUUUGGUGACCUCAUUUAUUCCAAUAGCCAGUUGUCUUCUCGCCACCACGUUUGUCCAGCCAUUUUGAGGCGGUGUCUGCUCUUUAGGCAGGUCCUGGCACAUUUCGUGAACCUCUACUGGUGUCGAAGGCGCUUGGCCCUUGCUUCUCUUUCUCUGUUGUCUAACCUUCACCUCCUUCUUCUCCAGACCGGUGGUUUUGAACUUUUCUGUCAACGUUUUGAGAAUAAAAUGCAUGUCUUCUUGAGGAAGUGUUCUCCACUGUGGAGUGAAGGGGGAUGUGAAGGAGGUCUUAGCUGAAGUCAGCCGUUUCCUUUCCAUUUUAGCUUGUUUACCGGGUGUAGCCAUUUUCCCUGAAAUCACACAAGAGCUUUAAUGUUGACAAAGAAAAAAAAAUCAAGGCUGACUUAGUCCAUAGAAGUUAAUGAAAUAAACUAUUCACAAACUGUUGAAACUAGACUAUGUGACAAAUGAAACAAGACUUUGGGCCAGUCGUACUCACCAGUAGACCAAAUAUUUGCAUCCACCCCUCGAUAUUUAAUAUAUUCGUUUAUAGCAGACAAUGAUAAAGAUCCACUGAAUAACUACUAGACAGUCGACCGUGUCGGUCAGCCGAAAAAAAAAAAAAGAAACGUUUUACCUGUACCUUCGCAGUACUGUCCUGUUUAUCCUGCACACGAGUGAUAGGCUUCCGCCAUUUCGCUGUAUUUAAACGGAAACAGAUAUCGCCGCCUAGCGGUCGACAAGUGAAUCGACUCCUAAGCUUGGUAAACUGAAGUGAAUUACACGAUGUCAAUAACCACAGUAUGCAGCUUACAAGCAUUACGAUAUGAAAGUAAAAACAGGACGACGUUUAUAUCAACAUCAGUUACAGAUGGACGUGUUGUGGCAGCCGAUGUAAAUUACAAAUUAAUAAUAUAACGAGCUUCGAAUGACAUCAAAAAUAUUAACCAUAAAAAAUAGUUACAUUAAAUGUAAAGGCUAUCAUA